AUGGCGGCUGUUAGUGUUCGCUCCUUGCUGAGGUUGGGCGCUAUUGCAGGUCCAAGGGUACUUCUGAAAAGUAUGUAUUCUCGUCAACCUGUUUUAAUAGUGAUAUUCUGAUCUAUUUUAGCCCUCAGUGGUGUUUUUUCUCGUGUCGUCUCGUUUGUGUCACAAAAAUAUUUCGCUGACUUGUUUUUGGUCACCCGGGACAUAAGCCCGAAUUAAACAGUGUUAGUAUUUAUAUAAUCAUCUGUCAUUGAUGCGUGAUUCCAAGCCGUUAAUUUGGUGGAUGAAUUCUAGAAAGGGAUUGUACACGUUUAUGAAUGUAAACAGAUUGGUUUGAAUUCGAUACAGAUUUAUUCACACAAUUUUAAUUUGUCUCUUAUUAUGCAAUUUUCCUAGAUCAAUACAAAUGCUGCGAGCCCUCUGUCGCUGCUGCUAUUUUCACACAGCAGUCACGGAAACUCUCCAGUGAAGUGGCAUUGAAAGGUAGGAAAAUGUACAUUUAUUGUGUUUAGGCCUUGGUCAGAUGCCAUAUCUCACUUGGUUUGGAUGAACUCUAACGUUAUCAACCCUAAUUAAUUAAACUGGCUGAUUUGAUUCAUCACCAAUUUUAAUAAAGAGUUUAACCCCAUAGUAAGUUUGAUGCAACCUCUGUGGAGUAUAGUUUCACAACUGAGCAUAUGAAAUUGUAGCCAAUUUAAGUACAGUAAGUGCAAAUGCUUCACUUAUUAACAACAACUGUUUGGGUUUUGCAUUUGUAAAAGGGCUGCAGUAGUUGGUUACAAUGAGAUUGGUCCCUGCUCUAUAAUUCUUGUCAGCAAAAGUGUUUUUAAUUGGCUGAAUUGUACAAAUCAUGCUCUACUGGUGAUCAACUUUUGAUAUUUAGAACAUGUUGAAUGAUUGACAAUUGUUAAGCAAGUGGGGAGAUAUUAACCUAACUGCUUCAUGCUUCUGCAAUACUGAGGCACAAAGCAGUUAGGUCAAUAUCUACCACUUUCUCUGACACUGAGAUGAAUAAUUGCUUUGGUGUAUAUCUCAUAAAAACCCAACAAAUUUGUUCAUUUUAGUCAAUAUACCUAAAAAUGGUCAGAAAAAUUAAAUUAUUGAUUCAUGAUGUCGUCUCUUCAGCAGCUCAGAGGUGAAUAGUUCUUGCUAAUCACUUCCAAACCAGCCAAUUAGUGCUGGCAAAGAGCACUAUCAACCUGCGUGGUAUAUAUUGAUGAAGAUUAUAAAAUAUCUUCUUUGCAUCCAGGGUGUCUAUUAAUGCAUUAAAAAGUAAGGAUCACAAAAACAAGGAGAUUAGUAGUUCAAAGGGAAUUAUGCUGAUAAUAGUGUUAACAGUAAUGUGCUGCAUAAUUUGGCAUAGCAGCAAGCACAAAAUUGCAGUCUUAGACUGCCAAUAUCUGUUUAGAUUUUUUAUUACACUAAAUACUUCAUUCCCAAAUAUGUCUGUAAUUUUUGACAAUUUUUAAAUUGUCAACAAAGUGUUGUUAAAACAACACUUUGUUGCACAUGUAGAGAGAGUUCCUUUCAGUAAUGUAUAUUGGCUAAGAAAAGGAUAAUUUUCAAGGGAGUUGUACUCACUGGAUGUUUUCAUUUGGAGCUCAGGGGCCUGUUUCUUGAAAGUCCUGGACCCAAAGCUAUAUUUUCAAAUCAAAAUUUUAAGUAUAGAGAAGCAGGUCUGGGACCCUAACCAGUCCAUUUUGUUUCUUUAGCUAAUAGUUUUAUUGUACAAUUUUCAAAACUUUUGAAAACCCAUUAUCAAUGGAAAUUGAACAGCUUUAUGGGUCCGUUAACUUACCAGAAACUUCGAGAAACAGGCCUCAGCACAUUAAAUUAAAGCUUUUGAUGACUUAAGUUGUUUAAUCGCUGUCAUCUUGUUCACUGAACAGAAGAUGCAACAGUAGCUCAGCUGUCAGAGUUUGGACAAUAUGUGGCCAGCAUUCUGCCUAAGUACAUCCAGCAAGUUCAAAUGACACAAACCAAAGAACUAGAAUUACUCAUUGCUCCUGAAGGAAUCAUCCCUGUUCUGACAUUCCUCAAAGACCACACCAAUGCACAAUACAAGUCUCUUGCCGACCAAACAGUUGUGGAUAAAUUAGGAAAGCCUUUUAGAUUUGAGGUACAAUACAAAGUUAACCUUAGAGUUAAGACUUUAUGAGCUAGAAGCUUCUUUUUCCAUUUUACACAGGUUUACUGAAGUUUAAGUAAGUUACAUGUGUAUUUAAAUUUCAUUGUAUCUGAGUUAAAAAAAAUUCAAAGGUACUGUUCCUAUUAGUUUCUUUCUUGUCCAGUUUCACACAUCUUUUGUAAAUCAAGAUGUCUAACAAGUAAGCAGCAUACAUCUUAAACUUAAAGGUGAAUGAUAACUUCACAUGUGAAAACUAUAGGAAGUUCCUAGAGGUUUCAGUGUGUUGUGGUGAAUGUGGAAUUUUUCUGAUUUCUCCAAUUAGGUCUUAUAUUUCCACACCCAUUAAUUUGCACUUGGUCUUUUUUGCGUUUCCAUGCAUGAUUUUUACACCAUUACUUUUGCACUUAAUGUAAAUUACCCCAACCUUUACCUAUCAUGUUUCAUGCCCCUUUUAGCAGUGUUUCUUUUUUUUUUUUUGCCUUCAUGUAAACCUUUUUCCUAGGAGUAUUCCAUGUCUUUUUUAUUCCCUCAGCAUUUGGAAUUUACUUCUUCUUCACAUGCAUAUUAAAGAGUAGUGAAAUUGAUUGAUUGAAGUGGGCCCUGGUGACUUCAAAGUGUAUCUUAAAAACAAGCUUAGUUGUAGUGAUGGAUUUCUCAUUAUAAGAAAUCUUUUAAGUUUAAUCUCCUUUUUGAUCUUGCACAGAUUGUGUACAAUUUGCUGUCCCUGAGAUACAACUCAAGGAUCCGUGUCAAAACUUACACUGAUGAACUAACGGCAAUUGACUCUGCUAACCCUGUGUUUAAGGUGGCAAAUUGGUAUGAAAGAGAGGUAAGUAUAAUUACAUGAAAGUGCUGCGUCAUCAUUGAGCUGAUCAUUGAGCUAAUCCUAUAAUUUAAUAAGGUAUACAUGGUCUAAUACCAAAGCUAAAAGCAGCCAUUCUGCAUUAAUACAUUGGAUCUGCAAAAAGAUAUUCUUUUAUGAACAAGGACAAUUUUAAGUACAAAGUAUUGAUGUAUCUUGUGAAUUGAAACCAAAAGCAAAGUUUCAGGUAGAUCUGUUAUGUUUUGGUCACAGCACAAUUGGAUUUUUUCAAGAGUCUUCCUUUUCUUUCUAAGAAUAAAAUUUAACACUUUUCUUUAUCAGAAGGGUUCCAAACUUGUAAUUGCCUUAUGUCUUUAUGCAUAACAUUCUUGAUGACUUUGAAAAACUUUAGGGCUAAAUGUGUAUCACAAAUGAACAUUUAAAUUCAGGUUUGGUAGUAGUUUUUGUCUUAUGUGAAUCCCAAAUGUUUGAGAUAAAAUUAUUCUAGUAAGGCAUCUGUUCAUUUGUAUCAGCACUGGUAACAGACUCAUCAUGAAAUUCAGACUUUUACAAACUCUUUUUUAUGGCAGAUUUGGGACAUGUAUGGUGUAUUCUUUGCUGAUCAUCCAGACUUACGAAGAAUCUUAACAGACUAUGGAUUUGAAGGACAUCCAUUUAGAAAGGACUUUCCCUUAACUGGCUAUGUGGAGGUAGUGAUAGGCUUUAUUUAUGUACCACAUAGGUUCAUAAUAGUGAGUAAUUUUUGACAAGUGUGUGAAAAUGUUGAAUCAAGGAAAUUUAAACCUCAGACUUUUCCAGUUCACAAAACUGGAUGCUCCUACAGUAAAGCUAAGAUUAAUAUCAUUUGUGACCUACAUGCCUUAUACAAGGUUCUAGGUUAUUAUAUCAGAACUGCUAUCAAGUUCUUCUUGAGGUUGUGGGUAGACACAGCAUACAGCAUACAGCAUGUGAUUGAUUGGCUGGAUGGGGGGGGUAAAUAGGUCCAAGUUUAAAACCUGGCUGAGUCCUUGUGUUGUGUUUGUGGACAAAACACUACUCUCUCUCUAUCUCACAGUGCCUCUCUCCACCCUGGAGUAUAAAUGGGAACUGGCUAACUGUCAGAAAAGCCUGAUAAAAUGCUGGGGGUAACCUUGUGAUGGACAAGCAUCCCAUCCAGGGGAAGAAGAGGUACUGCUAGUCACUUCAUGCUAAGGAAACUGGGAUAAGCUCUAGCUGGGUGAGCCAUGAGGCUCCAGUACAGACUUUACCUAUCCACCCAAGUAGGGUUUACAUGAUAUAUUUUCUAUUUAUAUUUCAGGUGAGGUAUGAUGAUGAACUUAAGCGUGUUGUUUGUGAACCAGUGGAAAUGGCUCAAGAAUUCCGCAGGUUUGACUUCCAGACACCUUGGGAAAAUUUUCCUGCACACAGGGAAGAGAUUGAAGCUGCACAACAAAGUCAACUUCCACAGGGAGACAAGCCAGAGAGAAGUUAAAGAUGAAGGGUCUCUAUACUACUGAUAUGUAAUUUCAGGCUUUGAAAAAAAGUGCAAUUUGCUCUAAUUGGUUUGUAUGUGAACAUGUUAUCCUCCCACUGAGGUUUCUCUGAGUAUGUUUUGUCUGUUAUGGUUAAAAGAAGACAAGAUAACAAUUUAUUGUAAAUAAAUCAGCAAGAACCAAAAUAUGAGUGUGUGGCCAUUACUAAUAGCAUUUAAUUACUUUUAGUUUUGAUUUUGUCGUCAGGUGUAAACCUAAGUGCAGUGCAAAUUUAAAGGUUAACCUUUCACACCCUAACAUCAGUAUGCAUAUUCUCCAAAGUCAACCUUACAUUUUGCAAGGUAUUGACAAGGAGAAUUUGUAUAACAAUCAAGAGGUUCUUCAGUCGGUGAUAAUUUCCUUUAUUCUCAUUACCUUAGCCCUUUACACCCUAAGACUGAUAAGCAUCUAAUUUAUCCAGGAUGUAUCACCACAUAUUAAGGUAAUGAGAAUAAAGAAAAUGAUCACCAACUAAAAAAGCUUGUGAUUGUUAAACAAAUUCUCGUCAUUAGCAACUUAGUAAAUGUAUAGAGAACAGUGUGGAGAAUAUGCAUAAUGAUGUUAGGUGUAAAAGGUUAAAGUGUUAUUCAGGGGUGAUACUGAAGGGAGAAAUUAGAAGGUAGUCAUCCUUAGGGGUUUGAAGGUUAAUGAGUGCAAAUGCUUUGGAAUUUGGAUGAACUUUCAUUUUGUAAUAAACUUUUUUACAGCUGUUCAGUUUGUGAUGGUUAGCUUGCUCAGCUGGUUUGGUUAUUUUGAAGCAUUACAUGGAGGAGUUGAGAGAGAUUAGAGACUGAGAAACUACUAAAUUUUAUAGUUCUGCUUGAGUCGGUUGGCUUUUGGGUGAACUGGAAGAUCUUUUAUUGCACACUCUGUGUAUGAAAGAGGCUGUUUUGUGACUAAACAUCAGGACAUUUCUUGUGAAAAAAUGUAAGUUCCAAUGUUCCCUCUGUGUGGUUUGAGGAGUUACCUCAGAAUUAAACAUUGCAUGCUGCUAUUUCAAAUGUACCCGAGUGUGCAAUUUGAUUUACAAAACUUGUUUUUUAUCCACUUUUUGCACAUGAUCAAAAGUUACCAUGAUGAUACAAAGAGAUUCACAGAAGAAAAUCAAGGGUUUCAAAAUGUUUUGAAGAAGGCGUCAGCCUGUGCAAAAGCAGGUCACAGUAAACAGUUGAGUAAGGGCCAAAAGGUAAUUAUUUUUACCUGAAUAACCAGUGGCAUAUUAUCAAAGAGCUGGCAGAACUCCAGCAGUUGCCAGCUUGUUUUGAAACCCCUGAAAAAGGCAAGUGACUUCUGAUAAAAAGGUGGAUUCUUUUUUUUCAAAUUGUCUUA